UUUGGUGAUAUUCCAACAAAUAUUUUUAAGACAUGAAACCUUACAAAGUGCUGCAUAUUACAAGUGAGAUACAACAGCAAACAGAAGAAGGUUUGCAGAAGGUUUUUAAAUGGCGAAGUUCGGGCCUGCCCAUUUUGGUGUCUCCUUGGUGGUUACUCCUGAGAAGGGCCUGGAGGAAGAGUAACUGAGGCCUAAUCUACAGGCAACUGCCAAAUUGUUUCAGUUGACGUUUUUUCCCUCUCAUGUUUGACUAUGAUAAAUAGGUAGAUGCCAGAGGAGUCUUCAGCCAACCACCUGUUAAUAAACUGUUAAAAAUGGUGCAAACCCUAGGUCACAGGUGUGGGGGCCAUUUGUCCUGCCUGUUCACAGGCCUGGCCCUAAUUCUUUUCUCCCAUGGCCAUUUCUGCCUUAGGGGAACUCACAAUUCCUGUUGACUAAAAGAGCACCCUUUUCCACCACAAGCCUGACAAAUCAGACGUCCACAUAAUUUCUGAACUCAUUUUGGUUACGACAGGAAGCACAGGCUCCCUUCCUGUCUGUGUUUUCCUAAGAGAAAACGGUCUUCCCUCCUUUUUUGCAUAUUUGGCAAGUGGUUCCACCUUUCUCUGCACCCUGGUGGAGUGUGAAGGCAGCAGUGGAACCUUUUGGAGGAGGAAGAGGACACAGAGGCCCUGUAGCCAGGCACCAAGAUCCCUCCCUGGUGUCUGAGUCUGAGGGAAACCGAGCACCCCUGGGUCCUCAAAGUCUGGAUUUGUGUGGAAAAGGCAGCUCUCACUUGGCCUUGGCGAGGCCUCAGUUGGUUGAUAACCUGAGGACAAUGGAUGCUGAUGAGGGUCAAGACAUGUCCCAAGUUUCAGGGAAGGAAAGCCCCCCAGUAAGCGAUACUCCAGAUGAGGGCGAUGAGCCCAUGCCGAUCCCCGAGGACCUCUCCACCACCUCGGGAGGACAGCAAAGCUCCAAGAGUGACAGAGUUGUGGUUACAUAUGGGGCUGAUGACUUUAGGGAUUUCCAUGCAAUAAUUCCCAAAUCUUUCUCUCCCAGUAAUGUUAAAGUAGAGACUCAGAGUGAUGAAGAGAAUGGGCGUGCCUGUGAAAUGAAUGGGGAAGAAUGUGCGGAGGAUUUACGAAUGCUUGAUGCCUCAGGAGAGAAAAUGAAUGGCUCCCACAGGGACCAAGGCAGCUCGGCUUUGUCAGGAGUUGGAGGCAUUCGACUUCCUAACGGAAAACUAAAGUGUGAUAUCUGUGGGAUCAUUUGCAUCGGGCCCAAUGUGCUCAUGGUUCACAAAAGAAGCCACACUGGAGAACGGCCCUUCCAGUGCAAUCAGUGUGGGGCCUCCUUCACCCAGAAGGGCAACCUGCUCCGGCACAUCAAGCUGCAUUCCGGGGAGAAGCCUUUCAAAUGCCACCUCUGCAACUACGCCUGCCGCCGGAGGGACGCCCUCACUGGCCACCUGAGGACGCACUCCGUUGGUAAACCUCACAAAUGUGGAUAUUGUGGCCGAAGCUAUAAACAGCGAAGCUCUUUAGAGGAACAUAAAGAGCGCUGCCACAACUACUUGGAAAGCAUGGGCCUUCCGGGCACACUGUACCCAGUCAUUAAAGAAGAAACUAAUCACAGUGAAAUGGCAGAAGACCUGUGCAAGAUAGGAUCAGAGAGAUCUCUCGUGCUGGACAGACUAGCAAGUAACGUCGCCAAACGUAAGAGUUCUAUGCCUCAGAAAUUUCUUGGGGACAAGGGUCUGUCCGACACGCCCUACGACAGCAGCGCCAGCUACGAGAAGGAGAACGAAAUGAUGAAGUCCCACGUGAUGGACCAAGCCAUCAACAACGCCAUCAACUACCUGGGGGCCGAGUCCCUGCGCCCGCUGGUGCAGACGCCCCCGGGCGGCUCCGAGGUGGUCCCGGUCAUCAGCCCCAUGUACCAGCUGCACAAGCCGCUCGCGGAGGGCACCCCGCGCUCCAACCACUCGGCCCAGGACAGCGCCGUGGAGAACCUGCUGCUGCUCUCCAAGGCCAAGUUGGUGCCCUCGGAGCGCGAGGCGUCCCCGAGCAACAGCUGCCAAGACUCCACGGACACCGAGAGCAACAACGAGGAGCAGCGCAGCGGCCUCAUCUACCUGACCAACCACAUCGCCCCGCACGCGCGCAACGGGCUGUCGCUCAAAGAGGAGCACCGCGCCUACGACCUGCUGCGCGCCGCCUCCGAGAACUCGCAGGACGCGCUCCGCGUGGUCAGCACCAGCGGGGAGCAGAUGAAGGUGUACAAAUGCGAACACUGCCGGGUGCUCUUCCUGGAUCACGUCAUGUACACCAUCCACAUGGGCUGCCACGGCUUCCGUGAUCCUUUUGAGUGCAACAUGUGCGGCUAUCACAGCCAGGACCGGUACGAGUUCUCGUCGCACAUAACGCGAGGGGAGCAUCGCUUCCACAUGAGCUAAAGCCCUCCCGACCCCCGCCCCACCCAGCCAUCCCAGGAAAAGCACAAGGACUGUCGCCUUCUCGCUCCCGCCAGCAGCAUAGACUGGACUGGACCAGAUAAUGUUGUGUUUGGAUUUGUAGCUGUUUUUGUUUUUUGUUUGAGUUGGUUGAUUGGGGUUUGAUUUGCUUUUGAAAAGAUUUUUAUUUUUAGAGGCAGGGCUGCAUUGGGAGCAUCCAUAACUGCUACCUUCCUAGAUGUUUCCCCAGACUGCUGGCUGAGAUUCCCUCACCUGUUGCUUCCUAGAAUCCCCUUCUCCAAGCGAUUAGUCUAAAUUUUCAAAGAGAAAUAGAUAAAACACCGCACAGCCUGGGAAGGAACGUGCUCGUCCCCGUGCUAAGCACGGGCUUUGCGCACCAGGUGUCUUUUUCCAGUCCCCAGAAGCAGAAAGCACAGCCCCUGCCGUGUGGCUCUGCAGGUGAGCAGACAGGACAGGUGUGCCGCCACCCAAGUGCCAAGACACAGCAGGGCCAGCAACCUGUGCCCAGGCCAGUUUCGGGCCACAUGCAUCUAAGGCGGAGAGGCUACACUUUUGAGAGAAAAUACUAUUUUAAGUCAUAUUCUGCGUAGGAAGAAUAUACCAUUUCAAAUAUUUACAGUAUUUGUCUUCACCAACACUGUCCCAAGAAGAAAUGAAGCAACAGAGAGGAAAUUGUACAUAAACACCUCAGCAUUUAAUCCAAACAGGGGUUCUUAGUCUCAGCACCAUGACAUUUUGGGCUGAAUACUUAUUUGUUAGGCAGGAGCUCUCCUGUGCAUUGUAGGAUAAUUAGCAGCAUCCCUGGUCACUACCCAAUAGACGCCAGUAGCACCCCAAAUUGACAACCCAAACUCUCCAGACAUCACCAACUGUCCCCUGCGAGGAGAAAUCGCUCUUGGUGGAGAACCACUGGCUCAACUGAAUUCUAAACCAAUCAAAGGUCUGGGAAGCCCUCCCCCUCUCCCAAAAAAAAAAAAAAAAAAAAUAGAAAAGCACUUGAGGAAUAUUCCCAAUAUUCCCAGUCAGCAGUAUCAAGCCUGACUUGUGUUCCUGUGGAAUCAUUAUAAAUUCUAUAAAUGAAUUAUUCCCCUUCAGUCUUCAAAAAUGUAUUUCCUCAUAAACAUUUGAGUUUUGCUGAAAGGAUGGAGUUUACAAAGAUACCAUUCUUGAGUCAUGGAUUUCUCUGCUCACAGAAGGGUGUGGCAUUUGGAAACUGGAAUAAACAAAAUGGCCGCAACAAUGCACUGAGUGAAGGAAGACAGAGAGAGGAGCCAAGGGCUUUAGACAGUCCUCCUUCAAUAUGCAAUUACAGAGAAAGAUGCGCCUUAUCCAAGUUAAUAUCUGUAAGGUGAGCGCCUUCUUAGAGUCAGUUUGUUGCAAAUUUCACCUACUCUUUUCUUUUCCAUCUAUCCCCCUGAGUCAGUUGGUUGAAGGGAGUUAUUUUUUAAGUGGAAUUCAAACAAAGCUCAAACCAGAACUGUAAAUAGUGGUUGCAGGAAUUCUUUUCUAAACUGCUUUGCCCUUUCCUCUCACUGCCUUUUAUAGCCAAUAUAAAUGUCUCUUUGCACACCUUUUGUUGUGGUUUUAUAUUGUAACACCAUUUUUCUUUGAAACUAUUGUAUUUAAAGUAAGGUUUCAUAUUAUGUCAGCAAGUAAUUAACUUAUGUUUAAAAGGUGGCCAUAUCAUGUACCAAAAGUUGCUGAAGUUUCUCUUCUAGCUGGUAAAGUAGGAGUUUGCAUGACUUCACACUUUUUGUUGCAUAGUUUGUUCUGUUGUAUGAUGGCGUGAGUGUGUGUCUUGGGUACUGCUGUGUACUACUGUGUGCCUAGAUUCCAUGCACUCUCAUUGUGUUUGAAGUAAAUAUUGGAGAUGGGAGGGUAACCCGUAACAGAUUGGCCUGUUGAUUACAGCUAGUAAUCGCUGUUUCUUGUUCCUCCCCCUCUCUGACACCCCAGCUUCCCAAGAUGUGGAAAGCCUGGAUCUCAGCUUCUUGCCCCAUAUUCCUUCUGUAAUUUGUACCUAACGAGUGUGAUUAUCCUAAUUCAAGAGUCACUAAAAAUCAUCACAUUAUCAUCGCAUAUCAGCAAAGGGUAAAGUCCCAGCACCAGUUGCUUCACAUACCAGCAUGUUCCAUUUGCAAUUUAGAAUUAGCCACAUAAUAAAAUCUUAGAAUCUUCCUUGAGAAAGAGCUGCCUGAGAUGUAGGUUUGUUGUUAUAUGGUUCCCGCACCCCCCGAUUUUUGUGCUUUUUUCUUGUUUUGUUUUGUUUUGACUGCACUGUGAGUUUUGUAGCAUCCUCUUCUUGCCAAAACAAACGCGAGAUGAACUGGACUUAAACGUAGACAAAUCAUGACACCAGUGUAUCCUUCCUUUCUUCAGUUCCAGCAAUAAUGAAUGGUCAACUCUUAAAAUCUAGAUCUCUCUCAUUCAUUUCAAUGUAUUUUUACUUUAAGAUGAACCAAAAUUAUUAGACUUAUUUAAGAUGUACAGGCAUCAGAAAAAAGAAGCACAUAAUGCUUUUGGUGCAAUGGCACUCACUGUGAACAUGUGUAACCACAUAUUAAUAUGCAAUAUUGUUUCCAAUACUUUCUAAUACACUUUUUUAUAAUGUUGUGUGUGGUGAUUGUUCAGGUCGAAUCUGUUGUAUCCAGUACAGCUUUAGGUCUUCAGCUGCCCUUCUGGCGAGUACAUGCAUAGGAUUGUAAAUGAGAAAUGCAGUCAUUUUUCCAGUCUGCCUCUAUGACGAUGUUAAAUUAUUGCUGUUUAGCUGUGAACAAGGGAUGUACCACUGGAGGAAUAGAGUAUCCUUUUGUACACAUUUUGAAAUGCUUCUUCUGUAGUGAUAGAACAAAUAAAUGCAACAAAUACUCUGUC